AUGACGUUCACCCUGACAAACACAACCCAACACCCCGACAGCGGCGCCACGCCACUCAGCCUCGACGCCACCAGCGACCAAUCAGCCCAAGAUGUAAAGCUCGUCUAUCCAUCGGCCGAGAACGACUAUCGCAUUACGACGGCCAUCAUUCCGCCGGGCAGCAAAUUCCACCCCGGCGCGCACUGGCACGAAGAUUACGAUGAGGUCAUGCGCGUCGCGAAAGGCCGUGCGAAGAUCAGGCUGGGAAAGGAGUGGAAGAUAUAUGGGCCUGAGGAUGGGGAGGUUCUGAUUCCAAAGGGGACGGUGCACGAUUUGAUGAGGGCGGAUGUGGAUGCCAAGCCCGGGGAGGGGGACGAGGGGGAAGUGUGGGUUGAGGAGAGGGGUGAGCCUGUCGACGGCUCCAAGGAAAUCUUUUUCCGCCAUGCGUUUUCCAUCACCGCGGAUAAAGCGGCUUUUGGGUGGAAGUUUCCGCUGCAGAUGCUGCUUACGCUCAUGUAUACGGAUGGGUACGUGGAUCUUGUGCCUGGGCCGGCGAGCUGGUAUGUCACGCAUGGGUUGUAUGCGGUUGUGAGACCUGUGGCAGGCUGGGCGGGCUUGACGCCGUUUUACGACCAGUAUACGCCCGAGAGAUUGAAAGAGAUUGCGAAGACAUUGGAGGAGAGGAUGAUGGGAAAGAAGAAGGUGUGA